CGACCAUCGGCUGAAAACUUUCAGAAGCUCUCUGUCAGGUUUCAGCGCUCUCACGUGUGAUUCAAAAGUUUGCGCGCUUUGAUCAAGUGAAGUUUUUUUGCGUUAUUUAUGGUGCAUUCGUUAAGUGACUUUAAAAGGUUUUAACGUACAGUUUUCGGACGUGUUUAGUGAACUGUUUCAACAAAUAAUUAGCAACAAAAUGAGUGCUUUUUCUGUUUGGGUACUUUUUGCUGUUUUUUAUGCUGCACAAGGAGCUCCAAAUUUCCCGUCGAGCAGCGAUGGUCUCGUACCGGAGGGAAAACCGCCUUCAUUUGUUACUCCCGGUCAGAAGUAUAGGAUUGCCACCGGAAGUACCGUAGUUUUGCCCUGCAGGAUUACUCAGCCAGGAAGCUACGUGUUGGUGUGGAAACGAGGCAUAGCAGUGCUGACCGCCGGCCCAGUAAAGGUGACCCCGGACCCGCGGGUUCGCCUGCUGCCGUCUCCGGUCAGCACGUCGAGCAUUCCGGGCAUUCCGGAACUUUCCGGCGGUGGAGGAUACAGUCUGGAGUUGAAGGAUGUUAAACCUCAAGACGCUGGUGACUACGUAUGCCAGAUCGGCACAAUGGACCCCAUCGAGAUCACGCAUACACUUGAGAUAUUAGUCCCAGCAAGAAUCCACUACGUGUCUCACACAGGACCACUGGAAGUCCUUCAAGGAGCCACUGUGAAAAUGGAGUGCCGCUCUUCGGGAAAUCCGGUGCCCACAGUGUCCUGGUCCCGGAAAAACAACGUUUUGCCGAGCGGCGAGCGCUCAGUGUCCGGGCAAUCAAUGGUCAUCCAGCAUGCGGACCGACAUUCGGCCGGACAGUACGAGUGUGCGGCCGAAAACGGAGUCGGACAAAUCGACAGCCGUCAUAUCACUUUGAACGUUUUAUAUGGACCUGAAGUGGAGACCGAAAGGGCUACCGUGCACACGGGAAUCGGUUUGGAAGCUCAAUUGGUCUGCAUUGUGCAUGCUGAACCCUCUCCUCAGGUGCUCUGGUUUAAAGACACGGCCCAGUUGGGAACUACCGAGCAACAUGCCGCUCACGCCAGAGGCAACAGAUACACUUUGGUCAUCAGGAACGUUUCUACUGCUGAUUUUGGAAACUACAGUUGUGUUGCUAGCAACGCUCACGGUAAGGGACGCGGCCAACUCAUCCUCACGGGAAUCGCAGGACUCGCCGUAUUCGACUCCCCACCAAUUGGAACCGAAAAAGAUUUCUACAACAUCUCCUGGUCAGUAAACAGUCACGCCGCAAUAAUCGAAUACCGUUUAUACUACCGCAAACCCAAACACCAUCACGGACACCACGAGGAUAGAAACUCCACCAAAAUGAGCUUCAGAACAGACUGGCAAAGCUUCGUUAUUCCCGGCGCAGGUAUUUCAGCAAACCAGUUCUAUACUCCGGCACCGUUCCCGGGUGUAACCAGGCAAAAAAUGUGGCACACCAUUACCGGAUUGCAACCAGCUACAAGUUAUGAAGCUAGAGUACAAGCCAAGAAUGUCCAUGGAUGGAACAAAUUGUCGCCCAUUUUCCAUUUCACCACUAAGAGCAAUGACAUGGACAACAUGAUAGAACCAUCUGCCCAGCCUGCUGUGUACGGUGUCAGCCAACAGGGAAUGUCCCCCUUCAGCAGUGGCGUGCGCUCUUACAUCUCCUCAUUUUUUCUUUUAAUACUCGUACCAGUGUUUUUUGCCUUUUUUUAAUUUUGUUCCCCUGAAUUUAAAUUUAAACAGAGUUUUAAGUGUUAAACCAAAGUGUAUUUAUUUUAAAUUUUUUGUGAUACCAAAUAGGAAAGUGAAAGCGACAAUUGACGUAAAUAGUGAAAAGUGGACAGUGUCCACUGGACACUUUUAAUUUGCAUAAAUAAAAAAGUGUUAAAUAUAUUAUGUGUGUACGUAGCUCAUAAAUUUUCACGUUAGUAUCACUAGGCGCAAAAUUUUUAAUAGUUUCGGCGGAAAUUCCAAAAACACAAAUUUAUUUUUUAGUUUAUAUUUUUAAGUUUUAAAGUUGUGAUGCAAGACUGCCAAAUAAUGUAAAGUAACACAACUUUUAUUAAAAAUUCGUCCCAUCAAAACUAAUUAUUAGUCACAAUACAUUUAUCUGAUACAUGGAGUUCUAAA